AUGACAGGUUUCAGACUGUACAGGAUAGACGAGAAGAAAAAAGGAAAAGUCAAUGAUUCUGCCAAGCCUGAGCUGUUCACAUUUCACAAUGGUGGUGUACGAAUUCUGUGCAAACACCCUGAGACUAUCCAGCAAUUUAAAAUGCAGUUGCUGAAAGGGAGGCAAAUACUCUGUGAGCUCACCAAAACAAAGGAAAGCGGAAACAGGGUGUCCACCAUUAAGAAUACGGAGUUCUGUCACUCUCAGUUAUCCAAUAAUAGCGUCUCUUUCUUUCUACACAACUUGGACACUUCUCAUGCCAGCUAUUACUUCUGCCAGCUAAUGAUUUUUGAUCCUCCUCCUUAUCAUGUAGAGACUUAUGGAGAAUAUUUGCAUGUUUAUGAAUCACAGUUUUGUUGCCAACUGAAGCUCUGGUUGCCCGUCAUAUGCGCAGCUUUUGUUGUCCUCUGCAUUUUGGGAUGUGCGUUUAUUUCUUGGCUUACAAAAAAGAAGUAUCAAUCCACUGUGCAUGAACCUAAUAGUGAAUACAUGUCCAUGGCAGCAGUGAACACAGCUAAAAUACCUGGACUCAGAGAAGACACAGGCUCCAAUACUAACUAUCCUUUCAUGGAAAAACAGUUCAUUGCCCCUGGAUGUGCAGUUACACCCUUGAAUUAUGAAGUCUGGAUCAUUGCUGAGUGGAUCACUUUGGAGCCAGAAACCAGCGUGGUAGCAGGAGAAAGGAAUUGGAAGCUGGAGAGAAGGGAAAGUGUUUGUUGGGACUGA